GGAGGAGAGGAUGGAAAAACAUAGAAAGAGGGAGGGAGAGAGCCCAGGCCCAAAUAAAGCCAUGGGGGCUAGAACUGGGCUGGGUCCCCCUCUGCUUUAAAUACGCUGGCCGCCUGCAGGUUCGGGUUUGGUGGUUGGAGUUCAGCACCGGUGACAGCUGCUGCAGCCUUCCUCAGGAGAGUCUCAACAUCAGUGUUCUGGGCAUCCAGGAUGCCUCGAGUGGACGCAGACCUCAAGCUGGACUUCAAGGAUGUCCUGUUCAGACCCAAAAGGAGCAGCCUGAAGAGCCGCUCAGAGGUUGAUCUUCAAAGGACCUUCACAUUCCGCAACUCCAAGCAGACCUACACCGGUAUCCCCAUCAUUGCAGCCAACAUGGACACAACAGGAACCUUUGAGAUGGCAAAGGUUCUCAGUAAACACACCCUCUUCACAGCCAUCCAUAAACACUACUCUGUAGAAGACUGGAAAAGCUUUGCUGCUGACCAUCCAGAAUGCUUAGAGCAUGUAGCUGCCAGCUCGGGAAGUAGCAAUGCAGAUCUGGAGAAGCUGUGCGCCAUCCUGCAGGCCGUCCCUGCUCUCAAGUACAUCUGUCUAGAUGUGGCCAAUGGCUACUCUGAGUACUUUGUGGAGUUUGUCAAGACAGUGAGAGAAAAGUUCCCCAAACACACCAUCAUGGCUGGAAACGUGGUGACAGGGGAGAUGGUGGAGGAGCUCAUUCUCUCUGGUGCUGAUAUCAUCAAAGUGGGUAUUGGACCAGGUUCUGUGUGCACAACAAGGAUCAAGACAGGUGUGGGUUAUCCACAGCUGAGUGCUGUUAUAGAAUGUGCAGACUCAGCCCAUGGACUCAAAGGACACAUCAUCUCGGAUGGGGGCUGCAGUUGUCCAGGAGAUGUAGCAAAGGCCUUUGGCGCAGGAGCUGACUUUGUCAUGAUGGGAGGAAUGCUGGCAGGUCAUGACCAGUGCACGGGGGAGGUCAUUGAAAAGAACGGCAAGAAGUACAAACUCUUCUAUGGAAUGAGCUCUGAUACAGCCAUGAAGAAAUAUGUGGGUGGAGUUGCAGAGUACAGGGCAUCUGAGGGGCGGACGGUGGAGGUUCCUUACAGAGGAGAUGUAGAAAACACGAUCCGUGACGUCUUAGGUGGACUCCGUUCCACAUGUACCUACGUAGGAGCAGCCAAACUUAAGGAGCUGAGCCGGAGAACCACCUUCAUCCGAGUCACGCAACAAUCCAGCCAAAUGUUCACAUAGGGAAGCAAAAUUCCCUCCUAACCACCCAUAGAACUGAAAUCAUGACUCCACUACUUUAUUGUGCAUGUCUGUGCAGUUUCAAACUGAAAGCCCAUCCUGUUUGGGUGUUAUGUAGUUAGGCAUGUAAUAAGGGAAUGUGCAAAAAUAAUAAACCAAACCUGCUACUGGUUUAGCAGAAUUAGAUAAAGAACCAUAUGACUGAGAGCCAUUUGUUUCUUUAUUCAAUCUCUCUGCAACUCCUAAAUCUAACAGUGAUGUUUUUGCAUUCACACUACUAACUACUCAAACUUCAGCUGUUUUAGUAUCAGCUCAUUGAACAUUAACUCAUCAGAAAGGGAUUUCUUGUUUUUAAUUUCUUGAGAAUAAGUAAAUCAAAAUGCAAGAUCCAGAAAAUCAAACUUUUAUCUUUGGACAAAUCAUGUGCCAAUAAACUCUAUGCAGAAACCUCUGUUAA